UUAGAAUCUUUAUUUUCAUUUAAACUCAGGCUAAGCAUUCGCACGUUCGCAUCCCUUUAAAUGCUGACCUAUUUCAGGAAUUCCCUUUAAAAUCCCGGCGCUGCCGGCAGCACGGCCUCUCGGCGGAUGCCUGGCUGCCGCUCCCGUCAUUAUUCUCACUCCGCUACCCGGCUGCUACAGCGAGACGAGGUCGGGAUACAGCAGGGCACCGGCUGCGUGGACCAAAGCAGGGCUGAGAGGCGUUGGGGGGGGGGGGAAACCUCACUGCCAUCCCGAUCCCCUGGGACUCAGCGAGCUCCGCUCCGCCCCGCUGCCGCCCACCGGCCCGGUUCUCCCGUCGGCUGCGGGCAGCGCUGGCGGCGGCUCCGGCUGAACGGGAAUCCCUGCAUCCCGCAUCCCAGCGAGGGCAUGGCUGCAGUGAGGAGGAAGUUCGGCGAUGAGUACCAGGCUGUGGGCCCGGCCGCUGCCGGUGGCCGCAGAGAGCGACAGCGUUUUGUGGACAAGAACGGGCGUUGCAACGUGCAACACGGGAACCUGGGAGGUGAGAGCAGCCGUUACCUCUCCGACCUCUUCACCACGCUGGUGGAUCUCAAAUGGCGUUGGAACCUGCUCAUCUUCCUGCUGACCUACACGGUCGCCUGGCUGGUCAUGGCUUCCAUGUGGUGGGGCAUUGCUUACCUGCGAGGUGACCUGCACCGGGCACACGAUGACACCUACAGUCCGUGCGUGGCCAACGUGUACAACUUUCCCUCCGCCUUCCUUUUCUUCAUAGAGACCGAAGCCACCAUUGGCUACGGGCACCGCUACAUUACCGAGCGCUGCCCCGAGGGCAUCGUGCUCUUCCUCUUCCAGUCACUGCUGGGUUCCAUCGUCGAUGCGUUCCUCAUCGGCUGCAUGUUCAUCAAGAUGUCGCAGCCCAAAAAGAGAGCCGAGACCCUCAUGUUCAGCCGUGCCGCGGUGGUCUCGCAGCGGGAUGGCAAACUCUGCCUCAUGUUCCGGGUCGGCAACCUCCGCAACAGCCACAUGGUUUCUGCUCAGAUCCGCUGCAAGCUGAUCAAGUCCCGACAGACACCAGAGGGGGAAUUUCUGCCACUAGACCAGUGUGAGCUGGACGUUGGAUUUGGAACUGGAGCUGACCAGCUGUUCUUAGUUUCUCCAUUAACCAUCUGUCAUGAAAUUAACUCAAAGAGCCCCUUUUUCUGUCUCUCACAAAGAUCGCUAAGAAGCGAGCAAUUUGAAAUAGUUGUCAUCCUUGAAGGAAUUGUUGAGACCACAGGAAUGACAUGCCAAGCUAGGACCUCAUAUACAGAAGAUGAAGUUCUUUGGGGUCACAGAUUCCUCCCAGUGAUGUCCCUGGAAGACGGCUUUUUCCGUGUCGAUUAUUCUCAGUUUCAUGCUACAUUUGAAGUCCCCACUCCUCCUUACAGCGUCAAAGAGCAAGAAGAAAACCUGUCUCUGUCAUCCUCUUGGAAUAGUCCUGUUGACAACAAAACCAGAAAAGAAAAGGUUUGUUCACUUGACUGCGUUGAUAUCGCAGAAGAAAAAAACAAACUCCCUUUUAAGCUUCAGAAGAUUAGCUCAAGAAAGGAAGACCUUCCAAAAAGAGUCCUCAGAAUGAGUUCCAGUAACACAGGGAAGACUUGCAGUACUGGGGAUCUUCUGAAUAUUCAAGAAAUGAGUUCCAUCUCCAAUGGUGAAGAUGGUGAUGACAGAAUACAGCUGAAAGCCUUAAGAAUGAAUGCCGAGGCUUAGACUCAGUCUAGAAGAUGCCUAAAAGUAUGCGUGCUCUGAAGAUGAAAUUGGAAGAUAAUCUGCCUGCCAAACUUUGCAAAAUAAACUCUGAUCACCUCCCUUAAGAGCAAAAGCAUAUGAGUCAUUGUUCACAAACAGCAUUCAAGAUUGCUAACCUGAAGGAGUUUUCGUAUAGUAAUGAAAUAAUUAGGUUUUCCUACUUUCUGGAAGGAUGAUCCCUUUUGUAUAAUUGUUCUGUACAGAUCUAAUUUACGUAGCCUAAUAGAAAUUUGAGAGGCAGUAAGGUUAGACUGUUGUGCCAAAGAGAUCCCUGCCCUGAUGUCAUUUAGCAGCAUGCUCAUUGCAAAUCAACGUUGUCUUCCAUACUUGUAGAUGCUUUUUCAUGAAGCAUGGACCAAAUCCUUGGAUGGAUCAUUCUCUGGAAUGAAUUGAACAUUCUCUCAAAGCACUUUUGCUAAUAAUGA